AUGUCACCACUUGCCAGAAAAGCUAUGAAGACCAAAGCAGAUAUUACGGAUAUCCCUGAUGACUGGCUGAUCUCCAAAAUCGACCAUAGCUCUGAAAAUCCGAAUUUCGGCUUCGUCAAAAGCCUUUAUCAAACAUGUUCAGCUGCCCUUGUAUCUAUGUGGAAAUCACAUAUUCGAUUAACACCUCAUAAUCGACAGAAAAGCAUUUUGAAGAAAGAUAUAGCCAGCAUCCAUUUUUGGAAAGAAAAUUUCCCUACUGGCCACCUUGAUACCAUCCUUGCAGAAUCAAGCGACUUGAAUAUUCGUGUGCUCCAGAACCUGACGGGCAUUGGCAAAAUUCUCAUCUCCAUUUUCACAGACUAUGAUGAAGCAAUAUUCAGCACAAAUAACAAGCGUUAUCCCGAAGUCAAAUUCUCGAAGGAGUUAAACACAAAAGUCGAAAAGGCUGCACUGAUGCUUGAUGUCGAAGAAAGAUCUGACCAGUCGUCCGAUGACGAGACCGACGAUUCCACUCCAGCGACCGAACGUCAACAGAACCGCCUCGGACGCCUUCACUCCUACAUAAGCUGUCUGAUAGGCCUUACACCCGUGAUGGAGAGGUAUAUAUGGUCUUUGCAAUGCAAGGCGGAAGUUCAAUAUGUUCCUAUUGAGACUGAUUUUCAUUCGACUCAUCGUGCGCAGCCUUACGCUAUGCGUAUUCGCGACCGAUUUUCGAACGCGGCUACCUCUCUUGUAGAGAGGUUGGCAGAGGCUAACCUAGAAAGAUCAAUCAGGCUUCGAACGAAACAAGACGAAGAAGAAGUGGGCGACCACACGAAUGAGGAUGCUGUGACAUUGUUCAAGCCAUUUUCUCUGUUCCAUGACUCUGGUAUUGGGACAUCCAUUCCUACAAUUUCGCAGUAUGCCGCUACCGUUGCUUCCCAUACUUCGUUCCUGUCGGUCGCUGGAGAAGAUGCCAUUGGUCGCCCUCGAGUUCCCUCUCUACCGCAGCAAGAACGUUCCUUUCAAUGCGAGUACUGUCACAGGAUGAUAUUUAUGCGAAAUCGAAUAGAGUGGAAUAGGAUGCAUGUCUUCGCUGAUCUGGAGUCAUACAUUUGCACACAAAAUGGAUGCAAGGACGCAAUAAAGACCUUCCCAACCCGUCAAGCGUGGGCAGAUCAUGAAUUCAAUGAACACUUUACUUUGCGCCGAUGGCGUUGCUUCACUUGCAGUACCAUGCUCGGCACCCCGGAACUCUUCGUUGAACAUUUGGCUCAAGUGCAUGAUAAGGAACUGCCUGAUCACCACUUGACAGCUGCGACUUCAGAAGCGCAAGAGACUGUUUUGGCCCCCGAAUUUGAAGCCUACAAGUGUGGCUUAUGCUUACAGGAUGGGUUUCAGACCAAAAAGAAAUAUUCAACUCAUGUCGGGCGACACCUGGAGGAGAUCUCUCUGGCUUGUCUCCCGAGAGAUGAAGAAGACAGUUCUGACGAUGGCUUGGAUACAGAACUAUCCAGCACCCGCGGAGAUGUUGAUGAGCCUUUUUCCUCCGUUGGACAAAAUUACGAGAGUGAUGAAGGUUCUAACGCCCAGGUCUCGACGCCUCAGGGUAAUCCUUCUCUUGCUACGGCCCCCGAGAUGGAAUUGGGUGUUGACAGAAUGGCGGAGGCCCCUUUAAAACAGAAAGAAUUUGCGGAAAAAGAUGUUCCUUCACCUAAAUCACACCUUGAAGAGCGUCAAAUAAGAGGGAAGGAUGGGUUGUAUGUAUUUGGUGAAUCCAUAAAAUCUGAGCCAGCCAUGGCGAUGCCCAAGGCCUCGGGAACUGGGUAUGGGUCUCUACAACCGACUAGCUACUGA